UCCGUCGCCGAUAGCGUGUCCGCGACCGACGAGGUGCUCGGGAAGCGAUUAAUGUUCGUCAACGCCUAUUCUGCAGCCCUACACGAACGGCGACACCACCCCUUCUGACCGCAUUCAAAUCUCCAAUCUACUUCAAGUCACGAAUGACGGCGAUGGAUUUUGUUGAACCGGACGCCGAAACACCCCUGCUGUUUGACACGUCGAGCUCUCAAGCGGCCGGGUCUCCCAACUACCAUAGCAUCCUAAAGCGGCGGCCUGGCGUCGCGGACGCCCGGAUCGGAAGCGUCGACAACACGCCCCGGUCUUUGGAAGACGAUGUCGUGCCCGAGACGGCAGUGCCGGGGCGAAAUCUAGGUUGGAGCAGCGCAUACAUCAUCAUCAUCUCGCGCGUCAUCGGCAGCGGCAUCUUCGCAGCGCCUGGAGCCAUCGUCAGCUCGGUUGGCAGCGUUGGCCUGAGUCUGCUGCUGUGGAUUGCCGGCGCUCUCAUCAGCUGGUGCGGACUGGUUGUGUCGCUCGAGUAUGGCUGCAUGCUGCCACGCUCCGGCGGGCAGAAGGUCUACCUCGAAUUCACAUAUCGGCGCCCGCGCUUCCUUGCCUCGACCCUCGUUGCCGUGCACGCCGUCAUGCUGGGAUUCACGGCCAGCAACUGCAUCGUCUUUGGCGAGUACCUUCUCUUCGCCUUGGGAAGAGCUCCGGCAGAGCGUCCAGUCCAUGUCCGGCUGCUUGCGGUCAGCCUCAUGACCGGCAUCACCGUGCUCCAUGGCUGCUUCUUGCGGACCGGCAUCCUGGUGCAGAACAUGCUCGGCUGGGUGAAGAUAGGCCUGGUCAUAAUCAUAACCCUUGCGUCAGGGGCGGUCGUCAUUGCUCGGUAUACUCCAGGCGAAGCGGAAAAGCUCGACGCCGGCAAGAUUCCCGUCAACCUGGGAUUCCCGGCAACCUGGGAUGGCAUAUGGGAAGGCUCCGUCUGGAAUUGGGGUGUCAUCAGCGCCGCCUUGUUCAAGGUGUUCUACUCAUAUGCCGGCCUGCAAAACGUCAAUAACGUCCUGAACGAGGUGCGGGACCCGGUACGGACCCUACGAUCUGCAGCUCAGACGGCUCUCGCGACGGCGUGCUUGCUCUACCUUCUCAUCAACGUGGCAUACUUUCUUGUCGUGCCCCUCGAUGUCAUCAAGGAAAGCGGCGAGCUGGCUGCGGCCUUAUUCUUCGAGAGGGUUUUUGGACAGACCCUAGGCAGGUUGCUUCUACCGCUCGCGGUAGCGAUAUCCGCCGCUGGCAAUGUGAUGGUGGUCACUUUCGCGUUGGCGCGGCUGAACCAGGAGAUCGCUCGCCAAGGCUUGCUGCCCUUUGCGGAGCUCCUCUCGUCCUCUCGGCCCUUCGGAGCGCCGCUGGGCGGCCUGAUUUUGCACUACAUCCCCUCUGUUAUUGUCAUCUGUAUUCCCUACAAGGACAUCUACUCAUUUAUCCUCGAAGUGGAGGGCUAUCCGGGCCAAUUCUUUUCGUUGGCCACUUCGAUCGGCUUGAUUUGGCUGCGACGGAGCCGCCCAGACCUCAAACGGCCUUACCGGGCAUUCCUCCCCGCGGCAUGGUUCAUGGUUUUGCUGUCCUGCGCUCUUCUGCUCGCUCCCUUUGUUCCCCGCCAGCGGGAGGACUGGCGGGCGCACCUGUCCAGGGUCAGCUAUGCCCUUGUUGGCAUCUCCGUACUCUUGUUUGGGGUCCUGUAUUGGGCAGUGCUGACCAUCCUCCUUCCGUGGCUUAGGGGAUACAGGCUUGAGGAAGAGACUGACAUCCUGCAAGACGGGACCACAAUUACAAAGCUAGUUCACGUGCAUCGAGAGGAUGAUCAUUAGAUACUGAGAUAGACAGACCCCUCAUCUCCGUCAGAACCGGGUUCUCCCCAACCACUCCAACAGCUACAUGACAAAGCUACAGACGGUGAGGGGACGGCCAAAGUAGGCCAAGCCAAUUAAUCGUGCAUCUUGCUAGCAUCACCGGGAACACAUUUCUAAUCAUUUUCCUCCG